AUGAAGGACAUCACUUCCGUCGAGUCGCUCACGAUCCCCGAGGGGGUCACCGUUGUCUCCAAGGCACGCACCAUCACCGUCGAGGGCCCAAGGGGCAAGCUCGUCAAGCGGGUCGGGCACAUCCAGAUGGACAUCCAGGUGGUCAAGACCGCAAAGGACAACACCGUCAAGUUCACCGUCUGGCACGGCGCCAGGAAGCACGUUGCGUGCCUCCGUACCGUCAAGUCGAUGGUUGAGAACAUGAUUACUGGUGUCACCAAGGGCUUCCUCUACAAGAUGCGCCUCGUCUAUGCCCAUUUCCCCAUCAACGCCAUCCCCUCGGACGACGGAACGUCCCUCCAAAUCCGAAACUUCCUCGGCGAGAAGAUUGUCCGCGAGUGCCCCAUGCUCGAAGGCACCAAGGUCUCGCUCUCGGACAUCAAGGAUGAACUCAUCAUCCAGGGGAACGAUAUUGAGAAGGUGUCGCAGUCGGCGGCGAGCUUGACGGAUAAGACACGGGUCAAGAACAAGGAUAUUAGAAAGUUCCUUGAUGGUGUGUACGUCAGCGAAAAGACAACGGUUGUUACCGAGGCAUAA